CCCUAGGGGCGGCAGAAGCUGCCGGGGAAGCGCCAGGAGAAUUGUGUGGCGGCACGCACGCUCUUGGCUUGUGCGCUCCCUCUGGAUGGAAGGUACGCCACGGAUUUGAGUGUGGCGAGCGAGCGAUGCCGCAGCGCCUCCCUUACAACGAGGCUGCCGCCGCGGUGGAGAAUCAAGAGGAGAGCACCAGCCCCCGGAGCGAGAGGCAGGAUGAGAGGAGCAAGUGGAGGCUGCGAGGAUUGCUGUGGAGAAUGCAACUCGGUGUUCUUCCCUGCCGCUGCGAUUCCGUGGAUUCCUUGCGUAGGGCUGCCGCCGAUGGACGCCGGAGGUACGCAGAUCUACGAAGGCGAUUGUUGGUCGAUCCGCAUCUCAUGGAGGAGGGCCAGAAGCCACCCGACGUCAGCAUGGAUAAUCCACUUUCUUUAGAUCCUGACAGUGUGUGGGGCAAGUAUUUCAGAAACGCUGAGAUCGAGCGUGUGAUCGACAAGGAUCUUUCUCGGUUAUACCCGGAGCAUGGUAGCUUUUUUCAAGGCUCUGGCUGCCAGGCUAUGUUCCGGAGAAUUCUUUUAGUAUGGGCUUUGAUCCAUCCGCAGUUGAGCUACCGGCAAGGAAUGCACGAACUGCUGGCUCCACUUCUUUACGUACUUCACGUCGAUGUCAUGCAGCUAUCACAAAUCAAGAAGCGGUACGAGGACCUGUUCGACGACAGGUUUGAUGAAGACGGAGAAUACAAGUCGUCAAGAAUGAAAUCACCUUUCGAUCUUUCUGAGGCUGAAGACUCACAGGGGGUGAAUGGUUAUCAGGACAGUCAGGGGAUCUUCGAGCAUGAUGAGUUGAACGUCGAUCUCAAGGUCAUCGUCAAGGGUAGUGAUACUUAUGGAGCAGAGGGAGAGCUCGGGGCCUUGUUCGCGGCGAGGUUUAUGGAACAUGACGCUUACUGCAUGUUCGAUGCGUUGCUGGGUGGUCGGGGCGGCGCGGUUCGUAUGAUCGACUACUUUGUUACGUCAGGUGUUCCAGAUGCAUCAUCGGCUCUUUACCGCACCUUAGCCGCUGCCGACAUCGCUCUCUACACGCAGCUUGUGGCACUUGGCGUGCAACCUCAGUACUUUGCUCUUCGAUGGCUUCGGCUACUUUUUGGACGCGAGUUUGGCCUGGAGGAUUUGCUUCUGGUCUGGGAUGCCAUUUUUGCUGCAUCCAAUGAGGCUAUUCUCCCGCCUGGUGACUCCGCAGCGGACGGCAGCCUUUCGUCGAGAAGUGCAAUCAUCUCUGCAAUUGCGGUGUCACUUUUGCUUCACUCGCGUGCUGCUCUACUCGCUGCUCCCGACGCCACCGGAUGUUUGGAAAGGCUUUUAAACUCACCUCACAUUCAAGACGUCAGGAAAUUUUUGGAGAAUGCCAAGAGUCUGCAGCACUUAGCACUGGAAACAGCUGGGACUCCCCUUCCUGCGGUUGCAAAGGUCGGCAGGACUACAAAGUCUCCACAAAAGAGUACCAAGUCUGGCAUUUUGCGGCAGGGAUCAACAGGCUGUUCGCCAGAGCUGCUGAAGAUGUUUCUGGCAGAAGGUUAUUGGGAAGAAAAGUGGAAGACUUCGGUCCUUCAAAGGACUAGUAUUGAGGACUUGAGACCAGCUUCUCGAACAACAGAACAGCCAAAGGGAUCAACUUCCAAUGGUCCAAGUGAAAAUACUAGAGAAAGAACCGAGACGGUAACUCCGCCAAAGCCCAGCUCAAACGGCUCCAGGGUCCAAGCUCAUAGUAAACAUCUGGACAACGAACACAGUGACGCCAAGGGGCCUGUCGAGGAGACUGUGAAGUCUGAGUCUUCGGAUGGCGAAGAAGCCAUGCAGAGGAACGUUGGUCUAGUCGCUCCUGCUUCGAAUGCCGGAUCAUCGGAUGGUGAGACACCGGAUGUUGUUCCUGUGAAGGAUGCUGUUGCUUCCACAUCAAAUGCUCCAUUGGCAGAAGCAGUGCCGCCACAGGACGACGUUGAUAAAAUAGCUGGCCGAUCGAGCGAGAAAGAAGGCGGCGUAAGCAACACCAAUGGUGACGAGGUUGUCAUUGUUGAUGACCCUCUCGGUGUAAGCUCCAGCGCAAGGCUGCGCAUUCCAAGGACUCCACCAAGGAAGAGCGGCUCCUCGUCCGAGGAGGAACCCGGCAGCAGCACGAGCUCGUCGCCGUUUACUGCUCUCAGGAAGAUUUCGAUGAAGAGAGACGAAGUAGGGGACUCUCCGAGGAGACCAAAGGGCCCCGUGGCGUUGCAGUCGCUCGGCCAGUCGAUGAUGGAACACAUCCAGGUUUUGGAAGGCGUGCUGUCCCAGAAAGUGAGAGAAGGCGAGCAAAUCUCCAAGGCCAUCAUCGGUGGCAAGGGCCACGUUUCGGCAAUGGUGGCAUUGGCAGAGCUACGCAAGAUAAGCAACGCGCUCCUUCAGAUGUGAGAUGGUGCAGGCUACUGUAAAUAACAACGAAGUAUGGAUCGAUUGAUUUGACGAGGAACGAGGAGAGAGCUCAUCUGGUGGGAUUGUUUGCUUUCAUUCAUUCAAACGCCCACUAAUUCGCAGUUCUCGUAGGUAGGCCCGAGAAAGUGCUUGUUAUUUCUUUACUACGAGAGCUUCCCUGUUUAGUUGAUGAGGUAUGGCUUCCUUUCAAUCAAAUUUUCGCAGGGAAAUAACAACC